GCGCAAACGGUCUGUGACUCUCCCGAUGACAUAACUCCCUGCCGCGUCCCCGCCGACGCGCUCCCAUUCCAUCCGAGAACGGAUCAAGUGUCGAGCUUCCCAAUACCAUUCAGCUGCAACAACCGGCCUAGCGAUGCUACCAGCCAUAACAUCGGUGCAGGCUCAGUCGCAGCACAGAAGCCCUAGUCGAGCUUCCGGCCGGAGGACCGCAUCCACUUCCACAAAAGCCCAUAACUCGGAAACUCUGCGAACAAAGAGAAAACCAGUGCCAUUGACAGAGACAUUAUGUUUGGAAUUGCUCAAAGGAGGACAUGUGCAAUCGUAUAUCGAUUUCUUUCGGACGACAAUCGCCCAGCCGUCGGAGCAUACCGAGUCGGCGAAUGAUAUGCUGGAAUAUAAAGGAUUGUUGACAAAUGCAGAAAAUAAUCAAAGAAAUGGCAAUCUCAAAUCUAUCUACGAAUCUAAAAAGAACGUGGCGAGAUUUUUUCAGCAACAUGGGAAACAUGAGGUCGCUAUCAGCCACUACUGGGACUCGCUAAAGAUCGCGGAACAACUGAAAGGCGAUGACGCGGUCGAAGUUGAGGCGACCAGAAAUCUGGGUCAGGAGCUGGAAAGCAAUGGUCAUGUUGAGGAAUCUUCUAAAAUGUACGAAAGGAGUCGGCGGCUCGCGAGGGAGAGAUCGUUGACCGAAGCAGAGCAUCUCGCGGCGAAGAACUUAGUGAGCGUGCGCAUGCGGAUAGCCAAGCAGCAAGAGAAGCAGAAAAAUUUCGCAGAUGCUAUUGGGCAAUACAAGCAUUGCGUACAAAUACUGGAGGAGAGUUGCCCGGAUGAGGCCACGCUGAAUGAUUUAAGCUACCGUUUAGCACGCGCCCACCAGCAGAAUGGGGAUACUGCACAAGCUAUUGAGCUCCUGGAGAAUCUAUUGGCAAAGGCGCAAAAGCCGGAGGGACAUCUUAAACUAGGGUGGGCUCGGGCGGUAUUGGCAUCAUGCCACGAAAGUGCUGGCAACCUGAAAGCGGCCACGGAAUGCUUGCUAAUGUUCCUACGGAUCAGCGAAGAGGAAAACUCGCCAAAAUCGCUUCAGGCGCAGGCGUGCAAUCAGCUUGGAAAUCUAUACAACAAGAUGGGAGAGUACAGCCUCGCGGUGGAAUAUUUCGAGCGACAUUAUACAUUGUCUUCGGGGGCAUCCACGGCUGCUACCGCAGGGCCGGAAGUGGGUGCUGCUAGGAAUGCCGAUUUGCAAAAUCAGAUAAAAUCUCGAGCCAGCAGCGCCGCAAGGGACAGCAGAAGGAGGGAGUCGGCCGUUGAGAUCGCAGAGGCUGAGGUAGGCGGCGGUGUCGGAGUUGCGGAGAUUCAAGUGGGGAUAUCUAGGGCAAAUGCGCAUAUGCAGCAGUUCCUGGACCUUGUGAAGAGCGAGAAGAACUUGCACAAACUGUUGAAGUGGAAAGCACAGCGAUCAUUUGAAGUCUUCGAGGGGAACGAACAGGGGGUGGUGUAG